GUCGGUGCUCCCCGUGCACUCAUCGCAUCGAAGAACUGACCUCAACACUCCCAGUCUAAUUUGUGCUGCACUCUCUCUCCAGGCUUGGCGGAAGCGCUGGUUUGUGUUGCGGCAUGGCCGGAUGAGCGGGAAUCCUGAUGUUCUGGAGUACUAUCGCAGUGAUCACUCCAAGAAGCCUAUUCGCGUGAUUGACCUGAGUGAGGGGGAGGUGCGCAAGUAUGCAGGGCCAGACUUCAUUCGAAGGGAGUUUCAGAAUGACUUCGUAUUUGUUGUCAAGACCAUCUACCGCACUUUCUACCUGGUGGCCAAGACGGAAGAGGAAAUGCAUAUUUGGGUGCACAAUAUCAGCCAGAUUUGUAACUUUGGACACGGGACCAACAACACAGAUUCUGCAGAGAGCCUCGCCCAUCUCACUUCGUCUCCUCAGCCUUCCCCAGCCAGCUCCUUUCGGGUGGCUCACGUGGCCAACUCUUCUUUUAAUGUCGAUGAUUCUACCACAGCUGCCUUCCCCGCUAAGGAAGCCAGAACUGACUCGGAAGCCCUGUCCUUGCCCGACUAUCUAGUUCUGGCCCACUGUGAGACCAAAAAACUCAAUCCCAGCAGAUGUGACGCCUGGUCCAAUUCAGACCGAUCCCUGGAACAAACUUCAUCCGACGAGGUCUUUGUCGACUCCUUUCAGUCACAGGCCUCCAAUCACAUGUUGCCGUCUUUGUGCGGCGGGAACGGACUGCAGGAAGUGGUGCCCCCCGGGGGUCACGCCGCUCUGGCGGGUGGUGUCAGUUUCAGUGGACCACCCGGUGACUACUCAUCGCCUUUGCCUUUGCUGGGGACUCCCUCGGCACCGACCUAUCAGGUGGCCAAGGGCCCAGCCACGUUCUCCUGUAGAAUAACAGGAGAAAACCUACCAAACACUCCACCCCCUCGUCCUCCCAAACCCAGCCACUUCACGGAGCAGCGCCAGGAGGCGAGGCCCCUGUGGGACGGCCAUAGCGGCGGCAUCAAUAACAGUGGCAAGAGGACUCAGUGGGUCGGUGUGCCAAGAAGAAUCUCCCUAUCAAGUUUAGACGCUGUCAGAAGUGGGAGAACUGACAGAGAAGGCAGUUCCCUGCGCUGCCACCGGGACAAGAGGCUGAGUUUGAAUUUGCCUUGUCGCUUCACCUUGCCACCGUCCUCCCUGCCGGGCAGCUCGGAAGACAGUUAUGUCCCCAUGCACCCCAGCAUCUUCUCUGCCGGCUCGGGACCGGAAAGCAACGCCGAUGGCUACAUUGCAAUGAGCAGUCCCGAGCGUCUCUCCAGCCCCCUGCCCGAGCUGCCCACGGACCUGGAGCCACCCCCAGUGAACCGAGACCUGAAGCCCCGAAGGAGAUCACGCCCACCCCCUCUGGACUUGGGGAACCUUUCUACUAUCCGGGAGCAUUCAGCUUUGACCAGGACUUGGACUGUGCCUUACAACCGAACCAACUUUCUCUCUUCAGAAAGAGAUGGGAUUAAUUCUGCAAGAUCAUUUGCCAAUUCAGUUUCCGGAGAAGAGGAAGAAAGUUACAUUCAAAUGGAACACAGACGUGGACACUCCCCUUGUGAGGGCGCUUUUUCUUGGCCAAAGAAAUUCAGUCUUGAUUACUUAGCCUUGGAUUUUAAUCCAGCUUCUCCAUCUCCGGUGCUCAAGAAACCUCUGAUUUCAGAAGAGCAUCGAGUUGACUACGUCCAAGUAGAUGAACAGAAAACUCAAGCCCUGCAGAACACUAAGCAGGAAUGGACUGAUGAGAGGCAGGCCAAAGUGUGAACAAAGCAGGCCUGGGGCAUGCUUGAAGGUGCACCUUUGUUGUGUGCCCCGCUGAGCAUGGGAUGCCAAGAACCUAGGGACGAGGGAGAAAUGGUUUACUGGCCGAUAAUUGGCCCUUCAGUCAGAGAGAAGCGGGGGAUGUGUCGGCUGGGAUCAGAAAUAUUGGGUUUGAAUCCUGCCUCAGACACUUCUUACCUGUGUGACUUGAGUAAGCCACACUUAUCUUCUCUAGACUUCACUAAAAUGAAGAGGUUGAACCUUAUGACCUUGAGGAUCCUUUCCUCCAACUCGGUCUAGGAUCCUGUGCUACCUAGAACAAGACUCUAGAGUUGGUUGUCUAUUUUAUAUUAACUGUCAUCCUGGAUGGCUGUCAAUAGCGUGGAGCUCACACCCUGGCCAGCCUUCAGGAGAUGACAGCAGUGAAAUGAGGGAGGAGUCUGGAUCCUGAGUCCAGUGGGCAUUCUGAUCACCCUGAGUGGUCCUUGGACUAUCUAGUGAAGGUGCCCCUCUCAUGGGAUGGGAGCGUGGUCAGAGCCCGGGAUAGACCAAGCAAACUUGAGCUGGGGGAGGGAAGAAGCAACCCACUGCAGCCUACUGCAGAGAACCCUGCUGGUAGUCCUCCCACCCCAGCCUCUGGAGCCGCCCUUUGGGCCUCCUGGACACAAGCUAUGGGGAGUCAGACCAGAGACUUUGCUGCGAUGGCUCUCUCUGCCAAUACCCACUGGUGCACCAACCCAGGUGCAACGCAUCCACUUGCCCUGGGCAAAUAUGGCCAGUGUGAUACAGAUGUUGAAGCCUGAGCAUCUAGAAGGGGCAAGGCCAAGAGAAUGGCAACCUCAGAGUAGGGAGAGCUGGAGGACCUACAGGCAAGCCCAGCUCUGUUGCUCACAGUUAGGUGAAAUUGGGCAAAGAUACUUUUCUCUUCUUGGGCCCCAUUUGCUCAUCUGUAAACUGAAGGAUCAAACUAGAUUAUCUGGAAGGUCUAUACUAGCUUUAAAUGCACAGGUACAUGUGAAUGUAAAUCAGUGUGUGUGUGUGUGUGUAUGUGUGUGUGUGUGUGUGUGUGUGUGCGCGCGUGUGCAUGUGUAUGACACAGCAUGGUGUCAAAGAGAGAGAGCUGGCCUUGAAGUCUGGAAGACCUGUCUCUGAGCCACCCUGACUGUGGGUAUCCCUAGACAUGUCAUUUAUUUGUAAUUGUCAUUGACACUUUCUAAGACUAUAAAUCUGUAUUGACCGAGGGAUUUUCUAUGCUAGGAGUUUCCCCCACACCACUGAAAUUACAAAUAUGAACUGGAACAUGCACACUCACACACACACACACACACACACACAGAGAGAGAGAGAGAAAGAAAAGAAAACCUCAGAAAGUCAAAGCUCAAAUUUUCUCCAGGUUAGCUUAGGGAUACAUGUGGAAGGUUGGGAGAAGGGAGAGAACUGGGGUAGUGUUUCUAAGCAAAUGAAUGAGAUUUUUUUUUCAUCUCUUAGGAUUGGAGUAUUACUCCAACUAGGACUAGAACUUUCAAGACCAUGUAGCCCACCCCUCUCAUUUUAUAGAGAAGGAACUGGCCUUGCCCAGUGUCACCAAUUUUGCCCCUGACCUAUUUUCAUCCCCUCCUCUAGCCAAGGCCGUGAGGCUUCCAUAACUCAGGUUCCAUGCUGAGGUCUUGACUUCUUUUGGCUUUUUGCCCUCCCUAGGAUAUUCUCCAAAGUAGUUUGUAGAGAAGUUUCCCCAGAUAUGUGGUAAUGGGAACCAUCAACUCUCAAGCAAGUACUCAGUGUACAAUAUGGUUGUCAACAAUACUGGUUGUGAGAGAGCCUUGAUUCACCCCCUAUAGAAAAACCAGGAGCCUGUUGCCAAAUGCAGGACUAUUAAACAUUCAAAGAACCUCUCAGCUUGCCCUAUACCCCCAUUCACAAAGGGAACUGAACUUGGCUUUGGUGUCAUGGCAAUGAAACUCUUGCUUGAUAAGUCUUACCUUUACUGUAGCGCCAUUCUGGAUUCAACUCCCUGAAAAGGCACUAUGCUUUGGAACUUGCUGAACAAACAAAUCCCUACUCUCUGAACUUGGAUUAUCCAAUUCACAGUCUGUCUUUGCUCUCCAAGUUGGAUGCUAAGCAGGAACCAUGUGGACUUCUUCUUUAAAGGGUAUACUGCAUCUGGAAAUCUCUCUCUAGGUGAAGGACCUCCAUUCUUGAACUCAGGAACUCUCAAACGUGGAGUUAGCCACAAGGUAACUCUCAAAGCUGGUGCUACACAGAAAGUCUCUUUCUCUGCUAGAAGACAGGAUGCUGCUGCCUAAGAAAUUCAAAUCCACACCCCCCCCC